GAACUCCUCACUCACACAUCGUUGAUGUCCAAGGUUCCUUUUUCGAAGCACAGCAACCAAUUGGAUUCUCUGAUGCCGUACCCCACGUAGCCAGUAAGAACAAUUGUAUGUUUUUACGACUGCUGUUUUUGAUGUGCUGCUUCUCGUUCCCUCGAAUCGAAUAUCAAUUGCUCGAUAGGAAAUCGAAUUAUUGGUCCAUCAACACAAAUCGUCGAAGAACCGAGGUCGCGAUGUGUUCUUUAAUGCAGAUGGAUGGUGUGCAUGUUUGUUUGUACGGGGACGAGUCUCCUGAAUUUUAAGAAUUCCCACGCGGGUUGAUGAUUGAUUCCGGCAUCGAAGGACAAAAAUGACCCAUCGCCCAUCACCGAUCACCAGUAUCCCAUCACUACAGCCACAAAAAAUAAUCAUCAAGAGUUGCAAUCGCAAAGGCAAGAAAUAUCAUACGCAAAGACCAAAUCGGACAGUUCCAAACACCAUGAUUCAAACCUCCUCAAGAUUCCUAGGGCGCCUAUUGGGGUUCACGUCACUGCUCAUACUUCUCGAGAGCUCCGGCGCGUUCCAGCCACGCAAACAGAACCAGGCCAGUACCCCCAGCAAAAGCAGCAGCGACGAAAAGAAAACCGUUAUGUCCGACGAAAUGAAUAUUCUUUUCGAGCGCCACGAUCGCGUCGCGAACGAUCUCAUUGACAAGGCGCAGGAGUUUGCAAGCCACUUUGGAAAGUAUUCGUACGGAGAAGUGGAAAACAUGCGAGAUAGUAAGUCGCAAGGGGACGAAUCCGACUCGAAAACGAGGCGCUCUGCUAUCCCUGUCUUUCUCGUCGCUGUUUGCUACAUUUUGUUAUCAAACAGCCGAGUUCCUUUCCCUCCCCUUAUUGUACCAUCGCUUUUGCUUGUUUUCGCUUCAAUCCUCUCCCAGACUUGCACAAGCACAGGGUUCAAAAUAUGGCCAUUGGAAACGACGAAUACUCGAGCGACAUGCUGUUCUUGGAGCGGGUUCUCGAAGACGAUCUCAACUUCCAGUUGGCAGCGCUCGAAGCCGACAUGCCUGAGCCAUAUCUUUUCCGAUACCCGGACAAGGACCCCGUGGCCACGGCAAGCGUCGAGGCCGUUGCAGACCCCAUUAUUUUCCACGAAUCCCUCGAAGAAGACAAGGUCGCAAAUUAUGAGAAAAGCAAUCUGUACGGGGAGUUGGUACAGGAAGGAGUGAUCGAGUCCAUAGCAAUCUGCGCAAUACUCGGUUUCUUGAUGGUGACGCCGGCUCAUGUAUGGUAGGAUUCACAUUUCACCAAUCGCGAAUCACCAAUCGACAGCAGUUUCGCUUUGAAAAGAUUCAUCAACUAGUUGCCAUACACAAUGCAAAGGGAAAACAAUCCUUUUGGAGAUUUGUGCCUCGGAUCCUUCAAGUUCUCGAUUCAACCGACAAAUCUAUCUAUCAAUCCACUUCAAGUCAAUCGGCAUCGGAAGGAGACCCUCUUUCCGCGAGAGAGCCUGAACGACGCCAUGCAAGGCAUUGUUUUUGCCAUAUACUUCAGCGCACGCACGGCGGUUGCAGUCUCGAAUGAACCCGUGUUGAGAUAUGGUACUCACUUGCUUACUUUUCCUAGUUUUACAAUUUAUUCACCCCUUCCGCGUCCAAUUGCAGAAAAGACUAUCGAUACCCGUGCGUUACGUGUUCAUAUUAAUUAGUUCUAAACCUUAAACCAACACAAACGGGAAGAGGACCAAAAGGAUUGGCUAUUGAUCCAAAAGGAGUGGAGAUAGCCAAAAAAUACGAUAUACAUUCAGAAGAAAAAAUUAAACUUGUAAGGUUUGGCCUUCUUUCAAUUUCUCUCUUUCACCUCCACUUCGUUAUUUAUCAUAUGCUUCGCUGAAUAGCUCUGUGGGGGUUGGUUUAUUGUCUGGUGCUAGUUCCCUGCUCUCACUAAGAACAAAAGGAUGCGCGUUGCAGUGUGGAUGAAAUUGUCGACGCAAGUGAUCUUUCCAUGACACCUCUCUCUUCGCAAAUAAUAAAUCGUAUUCCAG